ACCAUUAACAUUGGAUGCCAACCGCAAGUGAAACCCAUCGAAGAAGAAGAAGAAGAUCGAGUGGAGAGGGAGCGACGGAGACCAGUUGAUAGACAUCAGGGCACCGCUAUGGCUUUGCGGCACGGGUUGGACUCGCAGAUUGUAAUAGUUGGCUGUGGAAUAUCUGGUAUUGGAGCAGCUUUGAAGUUAACCAAACAUGGUUUCCGCAAUGUGAGGAUCCUGGAAGCGACGGGGCGGAGUGGAGGAAGGAUAAAGACAGGCAAAAUGGGUAAUAACAUCAUAGAGAUUGGUGCUAACUGGAUCCAUGGUCCGUCGGAGGCUAACCCAGUGUUCUGUCUGUCCAGACAGUACAGCCUGCUGGACCCAGAGAGCCUGACUCCGGAGAACCAGGACCUGGCUAUAGGAGGUCACCCACCAUGGGUACCAAACUGGUUCUCCAGCUCUGGUCAUAAGCUGACUCCAGAGCUGAUGGGUCCUGCUGUAGAGCUAUUUGCUGAGGUGUUGGAGGAGGGAGGCGAGUUCAGCGAACAGGGAGGAGAACCGUAUAGCAGUGUCGGAGAGUUCAUAAGGACAGAGGUGCGUCAGCGUGCAGCAGAGCGGUGGCAAGGUGACAGUCUGUCCUGUCAGUCUGUCCGUCUGUCUUUGAUCAGUACUCUGUUGAAGGUGGAGUGUUGUGUGAAUGGAACACACACUCUGGACACGCUGGGCCUGGGAGCCUUUGGACUGUACAAGACCUUGCCUGGAUUGGACUGCACCUUCCCCCGAGGUUAUGAAGGGUUAAUCGACAACUUGAUGAAAGAGCUUCCUGCUGGGAUAGUCUCCUACCAUCGACCAGUCAGUUGUGUCCACUGGCAGAGGGUGGUGAGGAAAGGAGGGAGAGAGUACCCUGUUGUGUUGGAGUGUGAAGAUGGAGAGAGAAUCCCAGCGGACCACGUCAUCCUCACUGUCCCUCUCGGUUAUCUGAAGAAGCAUCAUGGUACCCUCCUCUCCCCUCCUCUACCCCUCCACAAGCUGCACUCUGUUCAGAGGAUGGGCUUUGGAACCAACAACAAGAUCUUUGUGGAGUUUGACCAACCCUGGUGGGACGACGACUGUGAGGUCAUAUACCUGGUCUGGGAAGACGAGUCAGACUUGGUGGACCAGGUAUCAGAUGUGGAGAGACUCUGGAUCAAGAAACUGUUUGGUUUCACUGUCCUCAAACCCACUGAGCGGUAUGGCCAUGUUUUGUGUGGCUGGAUCGCUGGUCAUGAGUCUGAGUUCAUGGAGACUCUGCCAGAACAGGACGUCACACACUCCGUAACACACCUUAUACGCAGGUUCACAGGGAACCCAACCAUCACCCCACGGCGUGUUCUGAGGUCUCAGUGGUUCCAUGACCCAUGGACCUGUGGCUCCUACACCUACACCGCUACUGGAACCUCACUGCAGGAUAUACACAACCUGGCUGAACCACUACCACAACAAGGGGAACAGCCUCUCCAGGUGUUGUUUGCUGGAGAAGCCACCCAUCCUUCCUUCUUCUCCACUGUCCAUGGAGCGCUGCUUACUGGCUGGAGGGAAGCUGGUAGACUCAUAUCUCACUACUCCGCCCCCAGCACAUUCCAGCCAACCAGAUCAAAGCUAUAAGGACAAGAACUCACUCGUUGUAAAAGUGUUAUAUACUGAACAAAAAUAUAAAUGCAACAUGCAACAAGAUUUUACUGAGUUACAGUUCGUAGUAGGAAGUCAGUCAAUUGAAAUAGAUAAAUUAGCCCCUAAUCUAUUAAUUUCACAUGACUGGGCAGGGGCACCGCCACCCACUGAGGAGCCAGGCCCAGCCAAUUAGAAUGAGCCCCCCCCACACACACACACAAAAGGGCUUUAUAACUGACAUAAAUAUUCCUCAGUUACCUUUUAUUGUCCCCAGCACAAGGUUCACCUGUGUGAUCAUCUUCCUGUUUAAUCAGCUUCUUUAUAUGCCACACCUGUCAGGUGGAUGGAUUAUCUUGGCAAAGGAGAAAUGCUCACUAACAGGGAUGUAACCAAAUUUGUGAACAAAAUUUGAGAGAAAUACGCUUUUUGUGUAUUGAAGAUUUCUUGAAAAAAUGUUUUUUUUUAAUUUAGGCUCAAGAAACAUAGGACCAACACUUUGCAUGUUGCGUUUUAUAUUUUUGUUCAGUAUAUCUCUGGGUAUAAGUUACCCUUAUGUUUAGUUCUAGGAUCCGCUUACAAGUCCUAAUAUUAAUCAUUAGGGGAGAAGCAAAAACAGAACUUAAAACAGUGUGUAGGGACAACUUGAUCUUACACAAAAGGGCUCCAUAUCUUUGACUGGCCAAUGUGGGUUAAUGUUCCCAGAACCUAUUGCUACUGAACCAUUUGUUGAAUAUUAUGAUCUUCACCAAAUAUUUGUUUUAAGAGAUUAUUCACGAUUUGAAAUUGUUUUGAUUAUUACUUAAAUCAAAUUAAUUGCAAGCCACUCAGUCUCAUGGUGUCUGAUUUUACUGUUAACAAUUGGUGUUUAAAUCUAAUGAUUUUAGAUUUCAUAAUGUUCACCAUUACUUUCAGUGUUUUGUUAUUUUUUUAUGUAAUGUUUAAUAUCACGCCUUAAAUCUGUCCUCUUAAAUAUACUGUUCAUAUCAAUAAAAAACAUAUGUAUUGCACAAAAACUUUCA